UCCCCUCUUCAAACUUCACAGUCUCUCUCCAUCUCUCUCUGUGUCAUUUUACUCUAGCUAGGGUUUUAGAUCAAGUGGUUAUAAGUGAAAGACAGUAGUACAUUUUAGUUUCUCUGCGCGUGUGUGCUUCAAGAAAAGAGAGUGCAUGAGUUCUUUAAUGGAAGAGAGAGUUGAUCGUGAGAUAUCAAUGGAUGAAGUGAUGCUUCCAGGGUUUAGGUUUCAUCCAACGGACGAAGAGCUUGUAGGGUUUUACCUCAGGAGGAAGAUCCAACACCGGCCUCUUAGCAUCGAGCUCAUUCGGCAGCUCGACAUUUACAAAUAUGAUCCAUGGGAUCUCCCUAAGUUGGCGACUACAGGAGAGAAAGAGUGGUACUUCUACUGCCCGAGGGACCGGAAGUACCGGAACAGCGCGAGGCCGAACCGGGUAACUGGGGCUGGUUUUUGGAAAGCCACCGGGACGGACCGGCCGAUCUACUCAUCGGAAGGGUCCAAGUGCAUAGGGCUGAAGAAGUCCCUGGUCUUCUACAAAGGUAGAGCUGCCAAGGGCGUCAAGACCGACUGGAUGAUGCACGAGUUUCGCCUCCCUUCUCUUAUCGACUUGUCGUCGCAAAACAUUCCCGCCCAUGACUCGUGGGCGAUAUGCAGGAUUUUCAAGAAAACGAACUCGAACUCCCAAAGAUCUCUUGCUUACUCUUAUGUCUCUCCAAUGUUACCAUCUGAAACCCCUGCCUCAGAAACAGCAAACUCGCUCAUUCACUCUCAACUAAGCCCAGACACUGCUUCCUUCUCACCAUCCCCAACCAAAACUAACUCCUCCUUUCACAGUCCUCCUAACAAUCUCACUCCCAUCUUGGACUCACCAUCACUAGUCCCAUGGAGUAAUCUAGACUUUGCCAUCAUCUCAUCGAGCAUCGACCCGAACCCUAGUCACUUCCUCUUCCCGCAUCUCCAAGAGACGACCGUCUCGGAUAUCUCCUCCAUUCUUCAGAACACGCCGUCCUCUGCCUUCGGAGACGUUUUUAGGAGCUUCGAGUGUGAUUUAAACGGCCAUCAAGAACGGUUCAGCGACGGCUUCUCACUACUGACCCUACCGAUCGGAACGCAAGCGAACGAUGCGAUCGUCAGUGGCGGUGGCAGGGGGGAAGAAGAAGCGUCUUCUUUGUUGCCGAGGAACCCGAGCCACGAUGAUGAGCCGUGGGAGGCGGUCGGGUCCGGCGGUUCUCCCUACGGUCCGGGCAAUUAUUGGAACGUGGGGGAUGCAUGGAAGUCAAACUCGGUGUGGGAUGCAACAAGUGAUUUGUCAACGUAUUAUUAUCCUACCACCAAGUGCUUCACCUAA